UCUGCCGUGCAUCUCUGAAAACAGCAGCAAGUGGAACCCGCGUCGCCCCGAACUUUGUAUCUGCCCGGAUGCAUUUUAGCCGCAGCCUCUGACGCCGGCGGCAGUAGCGUUCGUUGGACGUUCGGCGGACGUUCGGCGGCUGGCCACAGUUUUCGUGUGUCUAACCACUUAUUUGGACCGUGGUCCAGACUGAUUUCACACCUGUUCUAUUUGGUUAAGUUGAACUAGUCGACUGUCCGCCGGCCGCGCGCUGCGGAGGUUUAUUUAUUUUGAAAAUGUCUCUCCCGGGUUUGAGCUGCCCGGGCUGCGGCUCCGCCAACAUCGUAGACGACGAUCUGUACGCUCAGUCGCAGCUGGUGUGCGCGGACUGCGGCACCGUGGUGUGCGAGGGGGCGCUGGCCGAUGAACCAGUCGGAGGUUCAGAUGUCAGCUACAGCCGAACGACAGCUGUGUCCAAAAGGCCGUGUAUAAAUCUGAUAAAAGGUCUGCAGCGUGUGAAAGCUAUAUGUCGGACUCUCAGGGUCCACGGGGAAAUCGAGGAACUCUCGCAGACCUAUUACAACCAGGCCUAUCAGCAUGAAGCUUUCAUCAAAGUGAGCCUCCAGAAGAAAGAGGUUCUCGCUGGUUGCUGUGUGCUUGUAAGCUGCAGACUGCUCAACUGGCCCAUUACCAUGGGAACCGUCAGCUGCCUGCUGGAUGCUGACUCAAUAGCGGUGGGAUCGAUUUAUCAAGAAAUGGUCAAGAUUCUCAACAUCAAGGCUCCGAUUAUUAACGUCACCGAUGUAAUGGAGGCCCACUGUCAGGAGUACAAAAUUAGCUCUCUUCCUGAAGAAUUGGCUGAGAACUCCAAGGACUUGACCAAACGUGCCGUGGCUCUGGUGGAGCUGGCAGCAGAUUCCUGGAUUGUGACUGGUCGUAAGCCCAUCCCCAUCAUGAUGGCGGCGAUCUAUUUGGCUUGGCAGUCCUUGAAACCCACCAAGCACCGGCUCAAAUUCUCUCUGGACAAAUUCUGUCAGGUUGCCAAAGUGAAUAAGCACAAGCCUGCUUUGAAGAGAAUAACUGAGAUAAAGGAGGUGCUGUGUAAGCUGGGUAAGGAGAUUCCCUGGAUCAGGGAAGCGGUGACUCCAGAUAAUGUUGUUCGGCAGGUCGAGGAUAUUCUGCAGCACAGAUAUGCCCUGCUAAGGAGGGCUCUGAGAACCCACGAGGAUGCUCUGCUGGUGAAGUGUCAGGCCAGCUGUGAGGACUCUCUAACUGAGGAGGCUGAGGAGAGCCUGAGUUCAUCCUCUGUGGAACAACGUCAACCGAAUGCUAAAAGCGCCAAGCAACCAGAAGAUAGAGAUGAUAAUCCAUGCACAGUGUCUGAGCCACACAGUGACACUCAGGAAAGCCAAGAUCCAGCCCCAAACUGGGGGAAGAGAGUGCUGUUUGCUCCCCCGUGUGUCACUCUUGCUAAGAAAAGGAGAGUGGAGCAGCCAGAGCUCAAGGAUGUAACUGGUGAUGAGGAAAUCUCUGACAGUGAAAUUGACUCAUACAUCCGCACUCCUCGGGAAGCUAGAGACUUUGCUCUGAUGCAGAAGUUGUUGUCCAUGUCUGAAAGUGAGAAAUCAUAACCAGUUACGUUUGGAGACCAAUGUUUACCUCUUUUACUUUAUUUGUUACACGAGAGAUACAGGAAUAUCUGUUCAAGCUUUUGUGUUUGGACUAUUCCAGUUGGGUUGCAGAACUUUUCAUUUUGAUAAGACUUGGUUGAUUAUAAGAUGUUGCCCCAACCUGUUUUAUGUAGUCUUAUCCAGUCGAAGUAACAGAUUGCAUUUGUAUCUGUAGUUUGCCGCUUAUACUUGGUUCACUUUCAAAUAAAGCUGUGUUGAAGUGGUUAAAUAAAUCUAAUUUUUGGAUAUAUCACAUGAAGCGCUAUCAAGGAAAACUGACUUAAAAAACGUUUUUCUCUCAAAGGAAAUAUCAGAAUAAAGGAAUUAGCCUGCAAACCAUCUAGAUGACGUAUGAAAGUACUUGCUAUGGUUUUGCACAAUUAUUACAACAUUUUGACAUGCCACAUAAGGAAAAGCACAGGCCUAAAUCAUAAAAUGAAUGAUAGUGGAAUUCCAUUUAGCUGCUUUAGUUUCACGGUGCUGAUAUUAAGCAUGCUGGCAAAUUGUCACACUGUCAUGGCUUACUUGGACACUUGAACAGCGUCUUUUAUUAAUGUCGGUUAGUUCCCCCUGUGCCUCUCCUACUCUGACAAAGUCAAAACGUCUGCUGGGAAAAAGGCCUGUUAUGCCAAGUCUCAAAUAUAAGCCUUCAUUGUGUUGAUUGAUUGUCUACUUAUUAAUGAGUACUUCCACUCCACCUUAAAAAAGUUUGCAUGGUAUUACUUCUCCAUUAUUAGUUCACUGAAAAUGUUAGCAUGUCAUUCAGAAUAUAAGGUGUUAUUGAUUACACUAUUAGAAUGCAUCUUUUCAGAGUGAAAAACCUUACAUUGCCAUGGUUCAUGAUACAGUUGCAUAACUUUGGAGUGUUAGAUUCACAUCGGCCCUUGGGUUUUAUUAAGUUUAAUAUUUUAUUUUGUGUCUGCAAGCACCGAGCUAUUUUAGAAUACUGUAUGAUGUAGGAUACUAGAUCAUGAUUUAAUAUUACCACGUGCAGUGUACAAGUCAGUUUAAUGUAUUUCUAGAACACAGGAUAUUAUACACAGUGGACCCAGCAUUCGGGUCCAAAGUAAAACACUGAAAGAGACAUGAGGUUUUGGAGUGUUGCAUUAACUUUUUGAUCAGAAAUUCAAAUGUAAUGAACAGAAACAGAAUUGUGUUAAAUUGGUCGUAUUUCAUAGGAUGUGUAACUAUAGAAU